AUUUAUAUCUCCUUCGUGUGUCUGAUUAAGGUUCACGAUCUCUACAAGCAGGACCACACGAGGCAGACGCACGUAGACGAUUUCACAGCAAGAACACCGAGUAGCGGUCGAUUACUCUUGCUCCUGACACGAUCAAGUUCAGAUUUCAGGUUGGCACGAACAGGAAUGAUCAACAAUUCACUGUUCCGAACAGGUUUUCUGCUUGAUGUUUCCACACGGGAUCUCUCUCUACCGCAGUCUGUCACAGGCUUACGAAAACAGCAAGGCUGUUACACUCGUAACUCUCCACACGAACAGAACUGCUUCAAACUCAAGCAGAAAAAUCCGUAGAUGGUGUUCACCACAGCAGAAAUUCUCAACACAGGGAUUGAGUAAGGCAAUAUUCCCUAUUUUUGGCAUCCACAGAACUCUUUGGGAAUCCACCUUUUGCGGAUCCAUUAAAGCCUCUGCGGAUCCAGCUACAGCUUUGCGGAAUGUUUACUGUCUCUUGCGUCCAUUGGUUAUCUGGCUCUUGCUGCCAUUGGUACUCGGUGCAACCCUGCCAUUGGUUCUGUGGCUCUUCCUGCGGUGGAGGGUAUGUGAUCUUUCAUGUAAAUAA